AUGCUGAAUCAUCCGGCGAUUGUCCUGUUCAUGCUGCUCCUGAUCCCUAUCAUCGUUUUCUCCUAUGCCUCGAUCAUGCGGGAAAGCAGCCUGUUAAAACACGCGCAGUCGAUCCGGUCGACCCGGCUCGCGACGCCGUCGCAGGAAGUGAAAAAUCUCACCGCGGAAAUCCAACGGUUAUUGACCGAGCGGGACUAUUUCAAAAGUAGCAAGGUGAGCUACUUCGCGUCGUUCUUUCUAUCUGAUAAGCUGAUCGCGCCGUUUCUCCCCUCUUCCCGAAAGGACAAGAAGCGCGAGCAGGAAAACAAGAUCCGGCAGAUUUUUGUGGACGAACACGAGAAAUUGCUACUGGGAAAGGGGGAUACCUUCAACGCCUUGGUGCAAAAUUGCGACUUGGAGAUUUUUAUCAAAUGCGAAAAUGUCUCGGUCUGGAAGGUGGUAACUUGUCAUGGUAAAUCUGAAGCAUGUAAAAAUCUGUGUUGCAUGAGUGCCAAAAGCUGUCCACUUUCGACCAAGUUGGGGAGGAGUUUCUCAUGCAGGAUAGGCAUGGCAGAGACCUCGCAGAGUCUGUCAUGCUAAGUCCCGCACUUCAGACCUCAUGGGCCAUGAAAAAUCUGCAUGCCAAGUUUACACUCUCCCAGACCCAGACAUAUUUGCAUUUGAUAAUUCUGUUGGACCGGUUGCACGACGAUACCAGCAUGAACUUCUCUGUUCCUAGCUUUUUCAACAUUUUCUCCUGGUUCUAUACUGCGAAGGAAAACAACAACAAGCGGUAUUCCGUCGUGCCAAGCAUCGUCGGGGUUCAUCAUCAUCCUGGACAUAGCAGUGUGGUCAGCGGGAGUUUCGGGCAGAAACACCAGACGGCCAUGAGUGGAUCUACUUCUAGGGGCAGCAACACCGGUGGGUCCAGGACGCAGCUGAUAAAAUUUCUCUGCUUCGACGCGGUCGACGAACUGACGGUCAGAUCGAGAGUUCUCAUCAUCAACGCACUGCAGGUUUUGAAAUUUUCCUGCUCGCCCGAAGCCGAGGAGGCGGUCACCCGGAUUGUGUUGAACACACUGGGAGACGACUUGACGAAUUUGAAAUCCAUGACCGAUUCCAAAGGCUCGGUACACGGGUUUUGGAAACUGGUUUUUUCCGACUUGAGCUACGGGAAACGGAAUCAAGUCCAGAAGCACAUACUUCAGCAGGCGAUAUGACAGUGCACAACUCCCCCUCCCUCUCAUUUGCAUGGUAUCAACAGCAUUACAAACACCAGUGCAGGUGGACCCUGUGCACGACAAGUUCAUGCGCCAACUGUAGCACUGUUUGGAUUUCCGGAAUUUGUCAUGCACGCGGUGCCACAAGGUAGCAACUGGAUUUGGGUUUUUGCAUGACAAAUGAGGGGGAGGGAGGAGUUGUGCACUGUCAUAAGCCACGUUGCAGGUUUACACCCGCUUGAUCGGCCGGGAUCUCCAUUUGAGGUAUUUACUGAACAAAAAGGAGAGUUCAAACCACGCUUUGCAGGAAUUUUCACCGCAAUUCCAAUCGUAUCAAAUGCAAAUAUGUCUGGGUCUGGAAACUUGUAAUGCUAAAAGUGAAUGAUAGACGUACUGCAAUAUUACGCAGCUAUGCAUAACAAAUUUUUUGGCUGGCAUGUCUUACGUAUUCCGCAUGGCAAACUGCGUCUUUGCGUGACAGGUAAGAGGGCCUUUUCGUGCCUCUGCAACAUAACAGAUUCUCGAGUCAUGCCAGACAAGCAUGACAAACUUGCAUUCUUCCAGACACAGACAUUUUUGCAUUUGAUAAAUCCACGCUAAUGACGAAUCCGCAAUCCAUGCUGAACCGGGGGGGUAUAGUGUCUUCUACUGCUGGAGGUGCCUCUAAUUUCCGGAUGCAGACCCCGACGAGAUCCCGAACGCCAUCGGAGGACGGGAUUCUGUCCUCAGACCAGCAAAAUGGUCCGGCUUUUGGCUAUGACCUGCUGAACCGUUACAAUCUCAAACGUUACAAUAGAGUCUGGAUUUUGUCUUACAUGAAGAGCAUGAGGAACGUGUGUAGAGUUGCGCCUUUCGCAAUACAAAUUUCGCCGGAUAUUUAUGGGGUUCUGGGUGCCGCAACUUGUCAUGCGCAAACCGAUGCUGGGACUACGGUGAUCAUGCACUUCCUGCAUCACAGAUUUCCAUAUUCUAUUGCAACGCUUGAGAUUGUAACACCUGAGCAAGUUAUAUUGGCUCUGUGGGGAAUCACAAGCUUCGUUCCCCCUUCCACCACCAACAUCCAAACAGCACAACAACUCUGGGCAUGAACAAGAUGAAGUUUGGCUACCACCAGCAGGUGCAGCUUGGCGGUGCCCCCGGCGGGCCAACUUCCUUUUUGCACGAUCGGGAACCGGAUAGCGAUGCGAGCACAACGUCGACAAUUCACAACGCGUCCGGAACCUCGAAACACAACGACAUUACGUCGGGUAGCACCUCGGAGCCGCACGACCAAAUCGGGAGUGGCACAAUUGGGACCACUACCUCUAUCGGGAACAACACUAUCAGCGCAACAGGAACAAAUGUGGGACCACCAUCUUCUUCCACCGAUAGUGUUCUGAAAAGAAAGCUCGCAGGCGGGUUAAACCCACCGAUGAUGAACAAUUCGUCUACUGGUGGUAUGCAAGGCCACCCGGGAGGUUUACAACUACCUGGAGCACCGCCAACAACUGCCGCGAACAACAGCACCCUCAUUUCCCAACCCCCCUCUCUCUCUUCCAUCGGCGAGGAUGCGCAGCACUACCUGGGCGCCGACCUGGACCUGGCCGGGUUUCUGAACAUGUCCCCGACCUUUCAGGGGCUCUCUGCCAGACACCAGUGGCUGAAGAUCUUGACCGAUAUCGACGAUACGCUCUACUGUUCCGGCGGCAACCACAUCGCGGGCGUGGACAAGAGGUACCCGCGGAAACAGAUUUACCCCGGGGUUACCACGUUUUACCGCGUUCUGGAGCACUACGAUGCGCCCGAAGUGGAGCAGUACCGGGUGGACAAAUGGUGGAUGCGGUGUCCCUCGGCCCUGGCCAACCGCUGCACACCCAUGCUGACCUCGAAGUGGCGGGAAAAUUACCCCCAGUUUACCAGCUCGUUUUUUUCUUCCAAUAGCAGCGGGUCGCCACUGGCGGGUAAGGGCGGCGUUACGAAGCUGCCCGGUGCUCAGAGCAAACAGCUACAACAAGGAAAUAAAGCGCCGAGUGCUGGGGGCACUGCGGUUAAUAGUACCCAGAUCACAGACUUGAAGAAGAGCAGCAGCCAGCAGCAGGAUAGCAGUAAGGACAACGCCCCCUCUAUCGCAAGAAAAAAGUGUUACAGUUACACACAUAGUCUAUGCAAGACCGGCAACACAGACAACCUCUCUCAUGCAGGAAAUGCUUGGGGGCCUCGUUUCCUUCCUGUUUUCCCUUAUGAUCUUCGCAUUACAAGUUUUCUCUGCUAUACAGAGAAAAUUUGUGAUGCAGAAACUCCAACAAAUGUGUAACUGUAACACUUUUUUCUCAUGAUACCCUCGACGGCUGCCAACACCACCGGCGUGGUCUCAUCCGCGUCCAUAUCAAAUGUAAAAAUGUCUGGGUCUGGAAGAUCAAGACUUGUCAUGCUAAAUCUGAAUGGUGUAAAAAUUUGUGUUGCGUGAGAACCAAAGGCUGUCCACUUUUGACCAAAUUCAGAGGGAGUUUCUCAUGCAGGAAAGGCAUGAUAGUGACCUCAAAGAAUCUGUCAUGCUAGGUCUCGCAUUGUCAGAGACCUCAUGGCUCAUGCAAAACGUGCAUGACAAGUCUCAGAAUCUUCGUCUUCCAGACCCAGACAUAUUUGCAAUCCAUAGUCCAGUAGCAGUAUCAACACCGGCGUUUCGUCCGAUGGCUCACACUUGAAUCUCACAACAACGUCGGCAGUGUCUAGUUUUGAGAAAGUAACUGCCGCAGUGGGCGAGCCACUGACCGCGGCAAAUAUAUAUCUGACCGGUUCUGGUGCUGGCGAGCCGAGUAUCGUAGGAAACCAAUCUACACAGAAUGGACAUCAAGAAAGUACGUUUUCUUCGGGAGCUGCCGGACCUGCAACACCAGGCGGCCAGCAGGAACUGAACCAGCCGGUAGCAGUCGCAGGGAACACACGAGAAGCAGGAAUAUUGAGCGGCGCAUCUUCGCCCACGAAGUCAACCGCUCUGUUAGCAGGCGCGACUUCUACCUUGGCAGACCAAGACCCCACUACCGGGGUGGCCGCACAUCAAGGGGCAGUCGACCUUUCCUCGGAGAACGAGCCGCUUUUGUCCGCGAAAGAGUCUACGUCUGAUAACAACGACGAGCUGAAAUCCAUUCCGCCGACCGAGAUGUUUUCGGCGGCACCCACGACCUCGUCAGCGGGUGGAGAGCAGAGUCUUCCACCAGAGUCCACUGCCUUCCUGACCUCCGCAGAGUCUUCCGCAGGCGAGAGCGGUGUGCAAGACGGUCCUGUGUCGAUGAAAACCACACGACCAGGGGAAACGCCACAGGGCGGAAUAAAUGCGCAAGCAGUAGAGCCAGGAUCUUCAUUAUCGCAGAAGGAAACAGACAGUAGCGCCAGUAGUGCUGCGUCGGUCGCAACAGCAGUUUUGGAGCAACAAGAAGGCCAUCUUCUAGGUCCUCAUCUUCCGGACAGUGGCACACCAGCUGCCGUUCUUGUCGACGAUAACAUCCCGAUUUCCCCCCCUAGCAGCCCCGUAUCGGAUAAGCACGCGAUGGCGGAUGACGAACUGUUUUCGUCGGAAAACGACCACGACAGCGAGCUGUCAGAUUCGGAGCUCAGCGGCUUGAGUUCCUCGGAAGAGGAAUCAGAAAGCGACCAAAACGAGAACGACAGCACGACGGAGCAAUUACGGAAGCAUAUUGAAAGGAAAAAUCCCCCUCCCCAUAUUGAAAAGGCAUCCUUUUGAAAAUUUGUGAUGCUGAUUUGUGGUCACUAAUCAGGUCUGUCUUGCAAGAGAGCAAAGCCAGAGCUUUCGCCGCUUUACGCAGGCGAUUUGUAAUGCUGCUGCACCAACAGGGCAGACGUCUGCCAUGCUGAGCGCCCACCUCUAGCCAGCCCCUUCCAGGCUUUUUAUCUGCCUGCACUUCUAUACUGCAAGACAAAGCUGAUUUGUGUACACAAAUCCCGCAACACAGAUUGCCACUUUGAUAUGGGGAGGGGGGAUUCUUCCUCACGAUAAAGCAGACCGAAAACCUGGACUGCGGCGGGAAUUUCGGCCAUUUGGUGGGCUUUUCCGCUCGGCCGCACAUUGUCUCGGACUACGUGGAGUCGGGGCUGUUUUCCUCGUUUUCCAAAAUGAUGCGGAUGGAAAACGGGUUGCACUGCAUGCCGGCGCUGCUGCCCGGCGGGAUCGUGACAGCGACGCAGUUCAUCAUGAGCGGGGAUUACGGGCCACUGGGGGACAAAAAGUUUGCGAACUUUGUCGAAUACCAAUCGCUCUACCCGGAAUUCAAAUUCAUCUUAUGCAUUGCAAAUAUGUCUGGGUCUGGAUUUGUAUUGCAAGACCUCAAGGACAACAAGGUCUGUGAUGCAUGAAUACGAUUGACAAUUUUUUUUGUCGUGCUGGAAGUCAGCUUGUCAUGCUAAACACGAAUAAACUUGAACCGCAAAAAUAAGCCGAGGAUAAUUUGUCGUGCUGCUAUGCCGUACAAGCAGCAAGUUUGCAAUGCAAGUAUCAGCAACACAAGUUUCCCGACCCAGACAUCUUGGCAAUGCAUACAUCUUUAUCGGCGACAAUGGCCAAGCGGACUACUACACGGCCACGAAAAUGGUAUAGGAGUUUUGGUCUUUAGAGCAGGCGUUGUAUUUUCAUCUUUUUGUCGAUGAAGGUAUUCGAGUGAGAUCUUACUUUAAUAUGAUGCCGUUUUGAAAGAAUAGAGAUCCAGCCCGCGGUAGUUCCGCCCGAAAAUUCAUGUCGAUCAGGAAAAACAAGCAUGUACUGUACACAUGCUGAUACAUGAAGAAGAUCCUCUUGAGAAGUUGACACACUAGAGCAGACAACAGUGUAAACAAGAUUAUCGCAUGAUGACCCGAAGAUUUAGUAAAAGGUUUGAGUCCUGACGCCAGUUGCUGCGAUUUCUUGCGGCGGCUGGGGUGUAGCGAUGAGAACAACUUUGAUUCCUACGCGCAUGGGCUCUGAAACAAUAGAGAUUUGUAUAGUACGUUUUGCAUCACAAGUUCGCAACUACUAGAAGAUAUCCAGUGUCUAGCAUGUGUACUAGCAAGACAAACACUUCUGUGAUUCAUUCUAUGCAUCACAAGUUUGUCCUCACGCCAGUUGCUGCGAUUUUUUGCAGCGGCUGGGGUGCAGCGAUGAGAACAACUUUGAUUCCUAUGCGCAUGGGCUCUGAAACGAAGAUAGAGAUCUGUAUAGUAGGUUCUGCAUCACAAGUUCGCGAUCGCGUUACACAUGUCAAAAGAAAUAGGCGAAACUUGCCAUGCGUGCAUUUCCUAUAGGGAACAUAAACGGCAAGACAAACACUUCUGUGGUACAUUCUAUGCAUCACAGGUUUGAUUAAACAAGUCUGAAACAACAAAAUCUCUCAGCUCGACGAGUGUCCCGAGGUGAUAGAGUGCGUGUACAUUCACGUGGUACAAAACCUGGACCGCACGUAUGGCUACGUCCAAAGUGCCGCCCAGGGGUACAACGCCCUUUCGACGGCUUACCACCAAAAGCAGCUGCACCUGCAUCACGCUUUCGGGGCGGGAGGAGGGGCGGGGCAUCACCACAAAGGGUUAUAUCCGACGACUAGCUUCAGUGCUGGUGCGGUCGCGAGUGGGAAUGCGGCGUCGCUGCUGCAUAACUCUUCCUCGCUGCAGAUUUCGGACAGCAAACAGAAUCAGUCCUUCCAGUUCAAGUUGUGUUUUUUUGAGGACUACAUCGAGGCGGCGUUACACGCGUGCGUGAAGUGCCGGAGCAUCUCCCCGCACGCACUGUAUCUCGUCACCUGGAACGUGGUAAACGAGUUCGAGAAAAUUUCCGUGCCACAGUGGCAGGCGGUAGAGAAACUGGUGCUAUCCACCGUGUCGAAAAGCAACAUGGGGACCAACACCAACAACUCUCCUUCCGGGGCCGGGAUCGGCGGGAGUUCCUCCACCACCGGGAGUAGUUCCUCCUCCGGAGCCGCGGGCAGCGCAGCGUUGGGAGGGGCUGUGUCGUCGCUGAAAGGUAGCCACCCACUGCUCGACGACUUCUACGACGAUCCAAGUUUAGCGAGCACCGGCCGCUUGGAGUACGAGCAGCCGUCGCUCGCGCAGAGGCAUCAGCUUCGACUGAACGACAAGCAAGGUACCGACCACCGAAGAUUUUCCGCGGGUGCCGAUCCUGCUGGCUUGUUGCAUAACAGUCGGGGCGGGCAAAGUAAAGCCGGCGGCUUCAGUCCUUUCUCCGUGCGGGAAAAGGAGGUCAAGCGGUUGAACAGUCACAUCAAGCGGGUGAAUUUGUUUCUCGAGGAUUUACGGAUCAUCAACCGCUAUCUACCACGAAUUCGCUACAUCACGAACUACAACCGGGAGAAGUUUUUGAACAAGGACAAGGAAACGCCCGAGGAGAGGAAGAAGCGGGAAGAGCAAGAGGCCGCUGCGGUGUUCAAGAAGGAGUUCCAAUCGAUCGGCAUUCAAACGGAGUCAACCGUUCUGUUAGAGGACGAGGCGGAAAAGCAACGCAAGGAAUUGCUGCUCGCGUGUGAAAAUUUGGAAUCGAUGAAGCAAAACUUCCAGUCGCUCGUGGAGAACCAGAUGAGCGAGAUCAGCAAAGUGCAAAAAACAUUUCGGACCACGGUGCUAGAGAACAAAUAUCUGGAAACGCGUAUUCAAGCGGAAGAUCUUCCCUCCCCAUAUUAAGAACGCAGCCUUCUGAAAAUUUGUGAUGCAGAUUUGUGGCCACAGAUCCUGUCUGUCUUGCAAGAAUGCAAAUCCGGAGAGUCCGCCGCGUUAUAGAGGCGAUUUGUAAUACUGUAAGGCCUACGGGGCAGACGUCUGCCGUGCCAAGUGCCUACACCAGAAGACCCCUGCUCAGGCUUAGCAUCUGCGUGCAGUGCUCUACUGCAAGACAGAUCUGAUUUGUGUACGCAAAUCCCGCAUCACAGAUUUCCGUUUUAUUGACAUGGGGAGUGGGGAUUUUUCAUUUUGAUAACGCGUAUUCAGGCGGAGGUAGAGCAGAAGGAGGCGAUCCAGAAAGAGAUGGUAGAGCAGCAACAGAACGGGGGCCCGAACCUGCGCGAUACGCACGUGCGGCAAAACGCGCUGCGGAAGAACUCUAUGCAAUGCAAAAGCAUCGUACUAGUAUAAAUUGCAUCACAAAUCAGCCCAGCAUCACAAAUUAAAUUUGUAAUGCAGAUUUACCUUAAGAAAAAGAUUUGUAAUGCAUAAAUGUAAUUAGUACAACAAGUGCGAUAGUACUUUUGCAGUGCAUAAACUCUGUCACGGGCCAAUCCUCCAGUCUGGAAGAAGAGGACGAAGCCUUGCUGGCGCCCACCAGUUCUGCGGGCGCGAAAAUGCUGAAAUUGCGGGAGGAGACCGCCAGCAGCUCGCUCGCGAGCGCCCAGGACGGCGGCGCGCCGCCGGCACAAAACCUACACCAGGGGGGAAGUGGGACGAGCGUGGGAGGAGCGGGAGACCACAGUUCGACGUCGGGCACGGGAGGACGUGGCGCGGAGCACAGCGACUUGCAGGGAUCCCUGUAUCACACAGAAAAAAGCAGGCAGGUCAUAUUUGAAAUGCAAAAAUGAAUACACAGGAAGAUCUGUGCUGCAUAUCCUGAACAGCAUGCUAUGGGGCCGCGCAUGACAAAUUUUUCUGUGUAUGUGUUUUUGCAUUACAAACAUGCCCUGCUAGCUUUUUUCUCUGGGAUACCCUGUCCUCGCUCGCCAAGACGCUUUCCCUAGACGGUGGUCGCGGACGGAAGAACUACGGCGGGGCGAAAGAUAAUGGACAGAUGCUGACCGGAGCACAACUUGACGCCGAGAAGUUUAAUCUCUCCACGCCCCAACGAAGGAAAUCGGAGACCAGCGCUGGGACCGCCACGGGGCUGUUCCACGCCCUCGCCACGUCCGACCCACAGGACCUGCGGAAAACCGGCCAAGGGGAGAACAGCGCCAGUGGGGGAGGACCGAAUAGUGGGCCCGCACAGUGGAAAUCGCAAUUGUCGCAAUCCGCGGGGUAUGCAUUGCAAAAGCAUCGUACUAGUAGUGUGAAUUGCAUUACAAAUGAUUUCGCCCUCAGCUAGCAUGAGAAAUGGAGUUUGUAAUGCUGAUUGACCUUCGGAAAAAGAUUUGCAAUGCAUAAUCGGAAUGACUACGAGUACGAUGCUUUUGCAUUGCAUACGCGGCCACGACAGCUGAAGAGCCGGGACCACGUAUUUCAUUCCGUCAACGAUUUUUCGGGAACGUUUAUCCAAGCGAGAAAAAUGGAAACUGUGUAAUAUGUAGUUCUUGAAUGGACGUCGAACAUGAAAUGUGUGAUGCGAAUAAAGAUUUGCACAGCUAACUGUAAAAAAUACUCCAUGUGUCACAUCAGACGACUGACUAUGGACGUGUCUACGUAGUUUUUCGCACUAACAAGAAUCCUAGAAUAGAAAUCCUCGUCCAAAAGAAGACCAAACAAUACACGCAGUAAACGCAGUUUAUCUCCUUGUUUUCUCGCAUAAGAUUGGCUGAGAUCGGCAGCUUUCACAACGAGGGCGACUCGAACCUGAGCGCGAGCAGAAGCAGCCUGGAAGACGCUCUGCCACCUAGUACUAAAGGGACGGCGGCAGACGCAGAAGUACUAGACCAGGCAUAUCAGCUGCAAGCUGGGCAAGCCGGAAGCUCCGCCACAAACUCCUUCGGUAGAAGUUUUCUUUCGAGCAACAGAGUUCUUUCGCAAACCACCACGAACGGCGCUGGAAGAAGUGCUAGUCCGAGCGGCGGCACAAAACACAAAAACUCCACGACGAGUGAGGGGACGUCGGCAGCGAAGAGCGCGGCUGAGGCGAAUCCUCCGGGCGAUAAGGGCUCAAAUUCGUAAUCAGGGACGCACGACGAGAGCAUUUCGUGUGGUGAGCAGCAGUACUGAGAGGAAAAGUCUCCCUUCCCCAUAUCGAAACGAGAAUUUGUAAUGCUGAUUUGUGACCGCAAAUCAGCUUUGUCUUGCGUACAAGGCAAACGGCACCCAUGUGGCGCAUUGUACAGCGAGUCUGUCAUGCGUUUUCGCAUAUGGCAGACUUGUUUCUCAUGCUCAGCUGCUAGCCGGAUGCGUACCCAAAUGGGCUGAGGAAAUAUGCCGACAUGCUCUUGCUGCAAUACAGAGCUCAUUUGUGUACACAAAUCCAGCAACGCAAAUCCAGCAACGCAAAUUGUCUUUUGAAUAUGGGGUGGGGGCUUUUUUCACUUUGAUAUAGCGGAGAGCGUGACCAAUCCGAAUCUUCCGGGCGGAACGGCCUCAAAUUCGUAACCGGGGACGCACGACGAGAGUUCUUGUGGGGAUCAGCAGUGGGUGGGGUUGGCAGCUGUCGUGUGAAAAGUGAAAAUAUUAAAGAGUGAUAAACAAGAACAGCAUAGUUUUACUAAGUAGGCCGUGGCCAAUGAAUAAGAAUAAAACGACUUCUAGUACCCAGCUGCUACGUGAUUCACACUGUACAACACGAUGGAGGUCUGUAGAGAAGAAGAAAGAAAAGUAUAAAAACAAGUCAGGAACACUCUUCUUCUUUUUCCCGCGCAUCAAGGCGGAACAUGAAUCGGUCAACAACGACUGCUGUUGAACAAUACAAGAAUGCUCAGUCGGUCAUUUUAUCAUUCCUGGAUCAACAUUUUUGCUUUCUAGCAAGCAUCUGAAC